AUGCCACGCAGACAAAAUAUUUUGGAUGAGAUUGUUGACGACAUAAGUACUUCUCGUUAUUGCGAACUCAAAGAUAAAACUGAGAAAAGCUCUCGCAAAAACAAGUCCUUUUAUACUAUGUCUCACAUAUUUCAAGAUCAUCACCAUUGGCAACCAAAGGACGCUUUUCCGAAGCUUCAACGAGAGAAACAUAAACAAAUGUUCGGCUUUGAAAAAAUGAGAAAAUCACAUUGUCCACAUACUACUUUGCAAAAGAUUCAAAGAAAACAUUGA